CUUCUCCCUCCUUCAGAUCUCUCUUCUUCCUCUUAACCACCGCAUAGAGACUGAGCAACUAAAACUAAACCGUUACAAAUACCGUUCCUUCUCUUCACAAACAAUCAUAGCGCAAUCCAAAAUGGACCGGGAUUCAUCUGACGAAGACGAGGAUCGCGAGAGUUUGAUUCAUCAAAACGACACCAAGCACAACCAUCAACAACAACUCCACACCAUUGUCCAUGAUGAGUUUGACCACCCACAUUCUACAUUGCACAUUGACGACUCAGCCCCCUCUAGCCGACGUCGUGCCGGUUUUAAUUUCAGCAAUGUUAAUAAAAGGUACCUCUUUGCUAUUUUCCUCCCUCUCCUCAUCCUCAUCCUUUACUUCUCCGUCGAUCUCCGGAGUCUCUUCCCCGCGAGUAUCGCUAAAUUCAGACUCGAUUCCAUCACCGACUCCAUGCGCGAGUCUGAGCUACGCGCCUUGUCUUUACUUAAACAGCAACAAUCUCAGCUCGUCUCGAUAUGGAACCAAUCAUUUUUUAAUAUUAAUAAUUCUAAUAGUAAUAAUAAUUCUAAUCCAUUCUUUCAAGACGCUAAAUCGAUUGUUCUCGAUCAGAUUUCGUUGAACAAACAGAUCCAGCAAGUUCUUUUAUCUCCUCAUAAAGUUUCAAACUUUUCUCAAAACGAUGAUGCUUGGAACCCGCUUUUUGGUUUCAAUAGCUGUAGAAAGAACGAUUCGUGGGUUGCGAAUAAAAGAACCAUUGAAUGGAAGCCAAAGUCGGAUAAGUACUUGUUCGCGAUUUGUUUGUCGGGCCAAAUGUCGAACCAUUUGAUUUGCUUAGAAAAGCAUAUGUUUUUUGCGGCUGUGUUAGGUCGUAUUUUGGUGAUGCCCAGUUUUAGGGUUGAUUAUCAGUACAGUAGAGUUUUAGAUAUCGAGCAUAUAAAUAAUUGUGUGGGUAGAAAAGUAGUGGCGUCAUUUGAAGAGUUUGAGGAAUCGAGAACAAAUCAUCUCCACAUUGAGAAAUUUAUUUGUUAUUUCUCUUCACCACGGCCUUGUUAUAUUGAUGAUGAGCAUAUGAAGAAGUUGAAACAGUUAGAACUUACUAUAGGCAAGAUUGAGACUCCUUGGAAGGAGGAUACCAAGAAGCCGAGUAAAAAGACAAUUCAGGAUAUUAAGGCAAAGUUUAAGGCUGAUGAUGAUGUGAUUGCCAUUGGGGAUGUGUUUUAUGCGGAUGUUGAGAGAGAUUGGGUUAUGCAACCAGGUGGCCCCAUUGCUCACAAGUGUAAGACCUUGGUUGAACCCAGUAGGCUUAUUUUGCUUACUGCCCAGCGCUUUGUUCAGACCUUCUUGGGGAGUAAUUUCAUCGCUCUUCAUUUUCGUCGUCAUGGAUUUUUGAAGUUCUGCAAUGCUAAAAAGCCAAGUUGCUUUUACUCCAUUCCUCAAGCUGCAGAUUGUAUCACUCGGAUUGUUGAAAGGGCCAAUGCACCGGUUAUAUACCUUUCAACAGAUGCGGCAGAAAGUGAAACUAGUUUGCUGCAGUCACUAGUUGUGGUGAAUGGGAAGACUAUACCACUUGUUAAGCGGCCUGCACGUAAUUCAGCUGAAAAAUGGGAUUCUUUGCUGUAUAGACAUCAUCUUGAGGGUGACGCACAGGUGGAAGCUAUGUUGGAUAAGACAAUCUGUGGUUUAUCUAGUGUCUUUAUUGGAGCUCCUGGGUCUACCUUCACUGAGGAUAUCUUGCGGCUGCGGAAGGGUUGGGGAUCAGCAUCAGUGUGUGAUGAAUACCUCUGCCAAGGAGAAGAUCCAAACUUCAUUGCUGAAGAUGAAUAAUGAAGAUUGAAGAAGAUACAGACAUUGACACAUUGUUAUAUUCUGGGAAUCAAGAUCUUUGUUCGUUUGGCGCAGAAAUUUGUCGAAAAAUAUUGUAGUGAUGUAGUAGUGUAUAAUAAUAGCAUUUUGUAAUCUGAAAUUUUGUUCAAUCUUUCAUGCCUUCAUUGUAUCAUAAUAUCGUUUACAAUGCCUGUUCUGUUUUUCAUUUGUAAAGAGUUCAUAUUAAUAAUCUUUAAACCUCCAA